UUGAAACACAUACACAAAAUCAUUACGAAAUCCUAGAAUUCAAAGAAAAAAGUCUGAAUUGUGAGAGAAAGAAAGAAAGUAGAAUAUAAACUAUAAAUAUAAUCUCAGAAUUGUGGUUAAAAGGACAAAUGUGGAAAAAAUGAUGCCAUAACCUUUUAAAAACAUUUUAUUCCAUUGCGGAUAGAAGGCUUCUGUAAUUUUCUCUUUGACAUACUGGAGGGAAAAAACAAUGUCAACUGCAAAAUUUUUACUGCAGCAUUCAAAUAUUCUUCAUUUUCUCCCCCUGUUUUUGUUACAAACAUGUAUGACAUUUUUAUUUUGCAGAGCACAAGAGUAGAUAUUCUAAACCAAACUGUUUUUUAAUGACACACGCUCAGACACGCAUACAAAAAAAAUGAAAUAAAAAAUUGAAAUAAAUUGAAAUAAAAACAAACAAACAAACAAACAAAAAAUUCUAAAAAGAAAUAAUUUAGGAAACCAUUCUAACAGCCUAACCUGAAAUAAUAAUUUCUAUCAUAAUUAUUUAAUCAUGUAUAAUGUAGCUACAUAAUAAAAUAUUUAAAAAUAUUUAAUAGACAAAAUUAUUGAUAUAUCAAUAGCUAAAACCUCCAGUGUUGCACAUUCAGUCAAACAAUUAUUCAUCUAAAUCACAUUAGGAGGUCAGUUGUCAUUAUCCAAAAGGCAUCUUCCAGAAAUGCAAUCAAAUUCUGAUUCAUUGCGAUUUCAAUGUCAUCAAUUCUUAUGGAAUGGUCCUGAAUAACAACAGAUAACAAACUGCUGUUUACAAAACUAUUAUCAGAUAUUAUUUUGUGUUCAGUAAAAAAAACUGAAUGACUUGAACAGAGAGACAUGAUAUCACAACGCUGUAACACAGAAAUUUGGAAUUUUAAGCGCUGUCAAAAAGAACCACACAUAGACCUCGUUGUAAUCUCGAUGUGCUGUACAUUUUAAGAACAAGAGAUGGAAGGGUCAGCAUCGUUCACAUCGAGAGAGAGAGAGAGAGAGAGAGAGAGAGUUUCGUCUCGGUAGAGCCACACUACGAAUUUUGUAGAAUUAUGUUUUGUAAAGAGUGAACGUAUGACUAAGAAAACUGUCCUGACACGGCUCUCUGUCGACUUAAGAAUCAGUCCCGGAUCUUCAUGUUCGACUGACACCAGGCCAGUGGAGGACUGAUUUUUACAUCAAAAUGAUGCUGCUAUGGGUUGUUGAUAAUAAAUGACAUCACUGAGUGAACACCAUACAACAAACCUCUACCUUUCAUUUGCUCUUCGGGAGGUGUUAUAAUGGACCUAGGAUCCAAGGCUGUGUAGGUGUGGAUUUGUUUUGGACAUCAUGGGCUGUGGAGGCUCCAGGACAGAUGUGUUGGAGCCCAGAUAUAUGGAGAGCUGGACCAAAGAGACAGAGUCCACUUGGCUGACGAGCACGGACACAGACAUACCCCUGUCCUCCAUCCAGAGCAUCCCCUCAGAAAACUCUACAGAGGAGGGCUUCCCAUCAGAGAACAACGCCAACCUCGAUCUCUUUGAUGAUGCUCUGCCUGCUCCAGCUCAGGCGUAUCUGAAAGUGUGUUCUGCCAUGUCUGAGGUGGGUCUGAAUGAUGUGAAACCUGGCAGCACACCUGCAAUGCUCUCUUCUCAAGAACAGGAAGCGCUGUCUUCUUCUGGCCCCACAGUGCAGAGGAGGAGCAUGUUACGAACUGAGGAAAUAACCAAAUGGCAGGACAACCGGAUGUCCACCAAGCAAGUGACCAUCACUGUGACUCAAAGUAUCCGGCAGGUGGAUAAGAGCGGGAAGAUCAAGGAAACAUCCCAAACCACCUAUGAGCUCAUGAAACCAGUGGAUGGUUUGAUGGACGCAGCAGCUGACUCAGUGCCUCAAUGAGGUGUUUGCCAAGAUCUCAUGAAGACUGUAUCUUGGAUUUCAGGCAAGAUUUGGUGAAGAUGUCAGGGACCAGAGAAGUAAAAAAGAACCAGGGAUCACCUAAAUGAAGAAGUUCAUCAGUGCAAUGAUAAACGGGUUUCAAGGGUCAGUUAAUUGUUAGUUUCAUUAUUCAUUGUUUUACUUGACUGAUUUAAUAACAUACAGAAAAGGGGUGGCUUGAAGUUGAUGUACUGCUUUUAAAAUCAGGGCUCUUACUACCACACUAUUGUUGCCUUUAGCUUUUUGGGGUACAAGUUCAAACAUUUGUUCAAAACCUAAGUACAGUUUCUGUAGCAAGCUAGCACUACUGCGAAAAGUGCUGUGCAAGAAAGUAAAGCAGCUCUGUUUUGUUAUUCCAAUAUUGUUUGAUAUAUUACUGCUUUACUCACUGAAAGAUGAUGUUUAUAAUUGAAUUAUUAAAUACCUAUUGUGGUAA